UCAUUACUCUGGAGCAGCAGUCGUGUAGAGUCAUGCCUUUAUACGGCUUCAUCUCACCAGUCCUCCUGCUGCACUGGAUUUAGCGUAUAUUUGUGGGAAUUGGAAUUUUUGGAUUAUUUUUUGUUUUGUUGGCAACCUCUUACAGGAUUCCCGACCCAACCAUGGGGGAUCAGAACGCCACAUCAAACAACUGCUCCAUCAGUGACUUCAAGCACACCGUCUACCCGAUUGCUUAUCUGUUCAUGUUUUCCCUUGGGCUUGUUUGCAACCUCAUAUCCCUGUUCUUCUUCAUUUCCUCUUCGUUGAGAAGAAAAGCGUCUUUCUCUCCAGUCAACAUCCUAAUGCUCAAUCUCCUUCUGUCCGAUCUGAUGAUGGUGUGUUCGUUGCCCUUCCGAGCCGCCUACUAUCUCAUGAGCUCCCACUGGGCCUUCGGAGACGUCACCUGUCGGAUCAUGUCCUACGUCUUCUACAUCAACAUGUACGGCAGCGUCUACCUCCUCGCGGUCCUGAGCGUGGUUCGCUUCGUGGCCAUCGUGAAGCCGUUCGUAUACGUGCGCUGGCAAACCUCUCGGAGAGCCUGGACGAUAUGCAUCGUCAUCUGGCUGAUCGUGGCCCUGAUGUCCAUCCCGCUCCUGGGAGCCGGAACGUCUGUGGAGUCUGGACGGAUCAAAUGCCUGGAACUGAACCCGUCCCAGUUGGGCACCAUCAUCGCGUUAAAUCGAGGCGUCUUGUUUUUAGGCUUCGUCGUGCCCUUCGCGGUCAUCUCGGUCUGUUACAUUUUCGCGGCCUUUUAUUUGCUGAAGCUCAAGAAGACCAGGAAAAAUCAAAGGUCUCAGUUCAAUCACAAGAAGUCCUGUUCUCUCGUGAUCAUCGUCCUGCUGAUUUUCCUCGCGUGCUUUAUGCCGUAUCACGUCGUCCGAACUCUAUUUUUGGAGGCGGAGAUGGACGUUAUAAACAAUGGUUUCGGAGAGUCCUGCGAUUAUAUCGAAAGCCUGAGAAAGGCCGCGGUCAUCACACACGUUCUGGCCUCGGGAAACAGUUGCCUGGAUCCGGUGCUUUUCUUUUUCGUAGGGGAAAACUUUAUUAACUUUUGGCGACAGAAUACACCAAGACGACAGAGUUGUAUAAUUGAGCAGAAUGUGAAAGUGUUGGAGAGAUAAACAGUGAUAUAUAGAGAAGAUUCACACUGAUCUAGAGCCCUUAGUUGGGACCUGUCGUGACUUGAAGGGGAAAUUCCUGGAAAAAUAUUUGAUCUGUGUUGGAUCUGUGGUCCCAUGCCGGAAGAACUUGAUUAACCUCCAGAAAGUCACGAUAGCUAUGUUUCCAACCACAGUUUUGAGCUGAACUAAUGUGAAUAUUGCAUAAAUCACUGUUGUGUGUUCAAGAGAACAAAUUGGUAACCAAAUCCUUUCAAGGUCAGACUUCGGCUCUGGAAUUCACGAAUGACUAAAACAACAUUUUAGACGGUGUGCGAUGUGAUUGGUCUUCUGGCUAUAGUCCAGUUAUCCAAUCACAUGGUCUGUGGAGGAAAACAUUUUUUUGUUGUUGCGCAUGG